AUGCUGGCCGCCAACGUCAUUCGCCAUUGUGCCAACCCCUCGUUCGCUCGGCCGUGCACCGCCUCAUUCUUUUUCCCCUGGCACGUUUUGGAGUCUGUCGGUGGGUGUAUUGUGCGCCGCGUCCCGCCAGCCCGUGCAGGUAGCGGUCGGUACCUCGUGCCCACCGGUUCCCUUGGCGCCUGUGUUUCGCCCAAGCCUGCUGUCGCCGCCAGUCAUCAGCGCUCCAACGAAACGAACCAUUGGCCCUGGGGCUGCAAGACCGCGCUACCGGGAGGUACAUACAUGUACGCUCAAGUGCUGUGCCACCCGCCACCAAAAACCUCAGACAGCGACAAAGUGCAACACCACAGCCAGACGCCGUGUCACCUCCUUCCUCCCUUCACCCUUGGAUCGCCCGCUCUCCAGCCCUCCCUGCCCGGCGAAGCGAAUAGCUGCGAAGGCCAGACUGACGGUCGAGACAAGUUUUUGGAGACGCCGUUGGUGCAUCCUCCCAUCCUCCCAUCCUCUCCUCUUCCCGCUGCGAUUGCGCUUCCCGCCCAGAGAUCGUCGACACUCUCGGUUUCCCUCGUGCUCGACCCGACACCUGCUGCGCUACUAGACUGGCUUGCUUUUGUCUUGCCCUCGCUUUUGCCGCCCCUCGCUCGCUCUCCUUCGGGAGCCGCAUCGCUCAUUGCGCCCCCCCUCCCGCCAGGGCAAUCCGGGGCUUCCCCGCCGGUCUUCCGUGCGCCGCCGCCUGCCAUGACGUCUAGCAAUCCGAAUGCGCACCAGGGCAGCCCGCCUCCGCAGCCUGCGCUGCCCAACACGCCCGCGUCGCCGCCGAACAAACGCGAUCUCAAGUCGUGGUGGAAGAACUUCAAGCUGCCCACCAAGCACCAGGAAUCGUCUCCGCAGGACAACCGCGGCCCGGGCAUUUUUGGAGUCCCUCUCCGACAGAGUAUAACAUACGCAAACGUUGCCAUCUCUCUUGUUGACGAGAAUGGCAAAAGCUACAUCUACGGCUACGUUCCCAUUGUCGUCGCCAAGUGUGGUGUCUUCUUGAAAGAAAAAGCUACUGGUGUUGAAGGCAUCUUUCGGUUGAACGGGUCCGAGAAACGAAUCAAGGAGCUCAAGACGAUAUUCGAUUCGCCUGAUCGAUAUGGCAAGGGACUCGUCUGGGACGGAUACACCGUCCAUGAUGCCGCCACGGUACUCCGAAGAUAUCUCAACGAUCUACCCGAGCCUGUAGUGCCUCUAGACCUGUACGAGAAAUUCCGCGACCCCCUUCGAGGGGCUACAAAGCAGGCAGUCGGCGAUACAGACGGUCCUCAAUUCGUUGAAAACUUUGACGAGAGAGGAGCCAUCAUCAAGUACCAAAAGGUAAUUACCGAACUGCCCCCGCUUAACAAACAGCUGCUUCUUUACAUCCUGGAUCUGCUGGCCGUCUUUGCUGCCAAAUCCGACGAGAACCGCAUGAACUCUCAGAAUUUGGCGGCUAUUUUUCAGCCCGGCAUGCUGUCUCACCCCUCUCAUGCAAUGGCCCCGGAGGAGUACCGCCUGAACCAAUGCGUCAUCAUCUUCCUCAUUGAGAACCAAGACCAUUUCCUUAUUGGUAUGCAAGGCACUGAGGCAGAUGAGAAGACGAUGCAGCAGGUGGCCUCCGGGCCUUCCAACGGACCCCGUACGCCGAACCCGGAUCGGAGCUCGGGCCUGGGGAGAACAGCGUCCAACGCCAGUGCGGGCGCUGAGAACGUUCGAAAGGAUGGCAUGAUUCGACGGAACCGAUCCGUCUCCUCCAGACAUUCAAGGGUCGACGGCGCAGCCACGCCCAACAGCCCGGCCCUAGCAGCAACGCCCACUGGUGGUGGUUUAGCUAGGAGCAAUACCGUGCCAUCCAAGAAAUCUCCAGCUUUGGUAGGGGGAAAGUUCAAGAAGACUGAGAGUCCUGCUCGCGCGCCGCACUCCCCGGCUCUAGAACCCUUGACACCAGCUCACCCACCCGCGGAGACCAAGCUGGAGGUACCCCCACGAGUUUCCACGCCCAACGAAAUACAUAGGACUUUUGAUGAAAUGCAUCUUUCUCCAGAUCGUUUGGUAUCACCUGGUCGGAGCCAAGAGAGAUUGCUAGACCCUCACGAACACUCCACGCCGUCGAAGCAUCAUCACCAGAACUUACAGAAGCUAGAGCAACUGUUUCAACGAUCCCCAAUGCAUGAGAGCAACGACAAACGGCAGCCGAACAAGCUGAAGAAGAAGCGGAUACCAGGUAGCAUGAGCAUCAGUGCACAGAGCUCGGUUACGUCGCUCCCGCAUUCUGCCUCGCCAGGUACAGAAUCUGGGAACCCCUUGGAAGCGGCGCCGGCCUUUGCACAGCCCGUAGCACAGCCUCAUUUCCGCCCGACUGCCAUUCCUCAUUCAGUGCCCCAGCCGUCGCCUUUUGCUUCGGCGCCCUCUGUGGAGACCCAAAAGCAACCGGAUUUACAUCACCAGCACUCGACCCCUGUGAUUCACCAGAAUCAUGCUGAUCACCACCACAAUCACUCGGUUUCUCAUUAUCAAGAGCAGCUGCGACCUGAAGACAUCUCACGGGGAAAGAAGUCUCCCCCUGCUUCGGUAAACUCAUCUUUCAACGACGGCUCGGACUUUGAGCAAGUAGCUCACGAGGCCCCGUUGCCAGCAAUUGUCGAGACGGCUGAUAAAGAAAAGAAGAGCCGAUGGAGAUUGUCAAGGCCCACCAAGAAAGAUGACCCUGCAAGCGGACCGGGCAGUCCCAGGGCAUCGCCACCGCAGUUCAACAUAGGCUCGAACAAUAACGCAGAUAUUAGCACCACCUCGAUUGGAAGCGCCAUUGCUAUGCCCCGGAAAAGUUUUACUGGCGAAAGCUCGGAGCAUCUACCAAGCGGCAGCGAUCGCGCAUACACGUACGAAAGCUCCCGGGAUGAUAGGGAGGACGCAAAAGGCCCGAUUGGCUGGAUAAAGCACAAGUAUCGAGAGGCCAAAGAAAACGCAGACCAGAAGCGAACCAAGUCCCCGCCUCCUCCAGACCACCAUCAAGGACUUGCGCCGAGCCUGCUGGUGGCACGCGGCAAGAGCUUAGAUAUAAAUCGAGACUUGACUCGAGAGGAAGAAAACUCCAUUGGAAAGCCAGCCCAGCAGGAUGCUUUUAAAGAUGUGCAGAAAGACAGGAUAAAUGCCCCAGCAGAGGCUUACAGAAAGCUUGGUCAGGCAGAGGCAGUUCAGAGAGAGCCCGCUCAAGGCAUGACAAUCCACAGGGUCAUUAGCGAUACAGAGAAGGCACCGGCAGAAUCCAUUGCUCAGAAGGUCCAACCGCCCGUUGAUGUCGCCAAGGAGGCGGCUCCCGAGAUGACCACCCAGCCCAAGACGCAGGCUCCGACAAAUCCUUCCUCUGAGACGGUGCCACCCGUGGAACAGUCAUCGACAUCUGCUGUAGAUAAAGAGCAGGAGGGAAAACAAGCAUAG